GUUUAUUAUCACACGCCUUUAGGAGGCGGGUCGUCGGUCUCGAAUCACCGCAACCCACAUUCAGGCGCGCUGUCGGAGAAAAGGUUUGCACAGUGUGCACCGCACUUCUUGACAAAGAUAAUAGGCCUUCCUACUUGUGUGCUCUAAGUGAAGAUGAAGUUUCUGGAAUACACUCCGCUGGACAGCAUAAAUCUUUUCCUUGAUCAUCUAAACCUUGGAGAGAGUAUCAUCAAAGGCAACCUUGAAGCCUUUUCGUGUAAGCAAACUGGGACAGACAGAAAGCUCUCUUUUAGCUUAGAGCAAGAGAUUCUUGAUUAUCUUGAACAAUCUUUUGAUAGCGAUUCACAUUUGCCAGUGGAGUACUUGAUUAGUAGAUCAAGUCGGAAGACACUAAUAUAUUUGGUUCUUACGCUCAGUCACAUGUAUCCAGAUUAUGAUUUCAGCAGUGCAGUGCGAUCCCACCUGUAUUUCAGAGAGGAAGAAUGGGAUAAUUUCAAGCAAAUAUAUGACAUGUACUUGUUCGAAGCAGCUAGAGAGUGGGCUACUGCAAACGGGGGUAGUUCCUUUAUAGACAUCUUGACAAAUGCCAUUGAUGAGGUUGUGAAAAUAAAGGACUGUGAAAUCUACAGCUACAAUCCAGAUUUUGAUGGAGACCACCCAUUUUUGGAGAAAGGAGCAAUAUGGGCGUUCAACUUUUUCUUCUACAAUAGGAAGCUGAAGCGUGUUGUCAGCUUCCGAUGCUGUUGUUUCAGCAAACUCGCUGCGGAGGAGUUUCUAGGUAAUGAUGUGUUGAGAGAGGAAGAGGAAGAGGAAGAGGAAGAGGAAGAUUUGCUGGACGACAUGGAGAUAUGACUGGUGGCAAGCACUGUCGGCAUCGAUGACUUGUAUGAUGUAACAUACGAUAUGUUUAGGUGGUAGGGCAAGCAUGGUGGUUCCAGUUUCACUUUUGUUGUACAUGAUCUGUGUCUACAACAUACAUAUAUCAGGCUGUUUUUCUUCCUGUUACACAUCUCUAUACCAGAAUGUCACGAAAUAGAGAACUGUGGUAGGCUGUAGAAUGUCUUAAUGUUUCUUAAUUCUCCAGAUAGAAAUUGAUAAAAUGAUUUGUAUAUCGGAAGCCCUAGCUGGGACAUUAUGGUUUUGUUGUGGGCAUGCAUGUAGGUGCUUCAAAUAGUUGGGACGCUAAGACUUUGUUGUUGCUAAAUGGAAGCAUGAACUUGCACAAUAUCUGAAGGGGAAAUCUGUACUUGUGUUUUCUUA